AGUAGAGAAGCGCGCAGCUCACGGUUCCUCGUGCAGGAGGAAGAUCACGGCGACCUUCUUCUUCCUCGCGUUAACACAUGAUGGCGGCCGCGCUGAGAGGGAGCGUCCUAACUCUCGCCAAGGGUCUGACGGGGGUCCGGUUGCAGCCUUUGUGUGCCCGUUCUCUGAGUUUGACCUCCAGUCAGAAUGUUCCAGAGAGUCCACCGGCCCGUGCCGACAGCACUUUUAAGGUCACCAUGGUCCCAGGAGAUGGAGUUGGACCGGAGCUGAUGACUGCAGUCAAAGAGGUUUUCAAGGCUGCUGAUGUCCCUGUGGAGUUUGAGGAGUUUCAUCUGAGCGAGGUGCAGAACAUGGCUAGUGAGGAGAAACUGAACGAGGUGCUUUCCUCAAUGAAGAACAACAGAGUGGCCAUCAAGGGGAAGAUUCACACUCCUAUGGAAUAUAAGGGAGAACUGGCAUCUUAUGAGAUGAGACUAAGGAGAAAGCUGGAUCUGUUUGCCAAUGUGGUUCACGUGAAGAGCCUUCCUGGAUACAGCACCCGCCACAAUAACCUGGAUCUGGUGAUCAUACGGGAGCAGACUGAGGGAGAAUACAGCUCUCUGGAGCAUGAGAGCGUUGCAGGAGUGGUGGAGUGCCUGAAGAUCAUCACUAGGGAGAAAUCCCGCCGCAUUGCUAAAUUUGCAUUCGACUACGCCACCAAGAAAGGCCGCAGUAAAGUGACCGCCGUCCACAAAGCAAACAUUAUGAAACUCGGGGAUGGUCUCUUCCUGCAGAGCUGUGCGGAGGUGGCUGAACUCUACCCCAAAAUUAAAUACGAGAAUGUCAUCAUUGAUAACUGCUGCAUGCAGCUGGUGCAGAAUCCAUAUCAGUUCGAUGUGCUGGUGAUGCCCAAUCUUUACGGCAACAUCAUUGAUAACCUGGCAGCGGGGCUGGUUGGCGGAGCAGGUGUAGUUCCAGGCGAGAGUUACAGCGCGGAAUAUGCAGUGUUUGAAACGGGUGCCAGACAUCCUUUUGCUCAGGCUGUCGGCAGGAACAUCGCAAACCCCACCGCUAUGCUCCUCAGUGCAUCAAACAUGCUGAAACACCUCAACCUCGAGUAUCAUUCAAACAUGGUGUCUGAGGCAGUCAAGAAAGUCAUCAAACAGGGCAAGGUGAGAACGCGAGAUCUAGGGGGUUACAGCACCACUGGUGACUUUAUCCGUGCUAUUGUGGCCAGUCUACGCCAACGAACUGAUUGAAGAUCGUACUGUACAUGCCGCUUCUGAUCGCAAUAUGUUCAAAGAGGAGUUUAAAGCUGUCCUGCCACAUCCUGCAUUUCUCUUCUGCUUUUUCUGUCUCUCUCUUUCUCAUCUUCUCUGGCUGAUUUUAUUUUUUUUUCACUGCAUCAAUGUACGUUCUUUUUUUACAGUAUUUGUUAUAGUCUUGUAGUCAAUAUGUGUAUAAGAAUUGCACUUCUGUUUAAAAGUUAAGAGUUGGUAACGUUUCUUGCAUUAACCAGGGCUGCAUUCAAUAAAAUUAAUAAAACAGUAAAUAUAAAGAAAUGCACUUAAAAAA